AUGAGUCUGGGGUUUCUAUGUCUCUUUCUGGUUUUCAGCACAGCUUCGUGCAUAAGAAAAGAAAAUAAGAAAGAGAAGCAAGUGGCAGUGCUGGCUACUGCAGAGCUGCCUGCGAAGUCCCUGGACCUGGCUGCUAUUAACCUGACAGAGCUGGUGAACGGGAUGCUCAGCACUGCACUCAGAGGUACCAAGAAACUCUUCUCUUUGCUGAGUGUCACCUCUUACAGCUCGUUUGCCUUCCACAAAGUGUCAGUCACCAUUUAUAACCUCUCUAAUGCAAAAAACAUUGACCCUGGCAAGUUCCCUAUGCACUACUGCUACUGUUUGAAUAAUGUGACAAAUGACUUGACAGAUUUUACAGCUCUACUUGUUGAUAUCAUUGGAAACUCCACCAGUUAUCUCACAGAAAUUUUCAAAUCCACUUCUAUUCUCUCAGUGCGACAGAGCAAUGACUCUGAUUGUAUCUACAUCUGUGUGAUGGCAGGGCAGACAGGGAAAAAUCUGUCUGAUUUUUUGGAAUUACUAGAAAAGUCUCCUGUUAUUAAUUACACCUUUUCCAGUAACACAUCAUCUGACCUGGACCUAGAUUCGGUUUUCUCAAGUUUUGUGAAAUUGCAAGAAGACCCAAACAAGACCCUGGAUUCAUCAGCAGAAUAUGUGUGGACAUUUAAAUCUACCAGGAUCCCUCUCGCACAGAAAGGGGGGGAAAUCCCCACCACCAAGCUCCCCCUGUGGCCGAAGACAGCUGGAGCCAAAGGAUCGUGGUUUCCAUCACCCCACGUGGAUGCCCCCAGGCCCCGAGGCACGGCCAGAGCCCCUCUGAGCCCUGGGGGGAGCCUGGCCCCAUCGCCAGCCCUGCAGCCCAGCCCCGCUGACGUGUCCAUGUUUUGGAUGCAGACAGUGUCUCCACAAGGAGCCAGCAAACUGAUGCACACAGAGCCAGAUUUGCCUUCCACAGUUCUGUCUAUGCCACCUUCCUACCGACCUGGUGUGACACUGAAACUUUACUCAGCUGCCAGGUGCCCAGAGGCGCUGCUCAGAGAGCCCCGUGCCACCUCCCCUCCUGUCACUCUCAUAGUGCAGAAGAUCAACCCCUGUGUGAUGGAGCUCUGUAGGUUCUUUCAGCUGUGCCUCUGUGUUGGUCACAGAAGAUAUUCCAGGAAGGAAGCCAUGAGGUACUGUGUUGAAUACUAUUCCUGGUUUGUGAAAAAUGCAAGUUAUGUCUGCGAAAAAGUCAAAAGAGUUGCUUACUCCCACACAUUAAAGCAAAAAUGCCUUAAAAACAUCUGUACAUCAGUUUAGAGCACUGAGAAAUUUUACUGCAAGUUGGAAGACUGGUGGCAGUUUUAGUUUUCUUUUUGAUUUCUCAGUGUAAAAAUCAGAAAGCAACAUGUUAUUUGCAAAUAUUUGAAAUCAGACAAGCUAUUAACCAGAUGUUAACCUAGAAAUGUCUCCUCCUCCA